AUGUGCAGCAGCACAUCAAGACGAAUUAGAGGAGAAAGGCGCGGCGAAAGGAGUUGGAGGAGGAGGCCACGAUGUGAGAAGUUGGAUUUGGGAGGGUUGUGGUGUCAGGGGGAGUGGGACUCGGACCCUCCGAGUUCAAGCAACAAAACGCACGGUCCGAGUCCAGUUCAUGGUCAUGAAGUUGGUGAGGGACUCGGACCCUCCGAGUUGGCGUGCGUCACGGACCGUCCGAUUUCGGUCUGGGUAGUCGCACGGUCCGAGUCCAGUGCUGUAGUGUACACGUGGCGCUUCCCCCUUGAUUCCCUAUUCGGUGGGCAUCACACACUUAGUAAAGGAGAACCCUGCUCCCUUACCAUCCGAAUCCCUCCUUCACUCUCACCAACCUUUCUCCCUCAAAACCUUCAUCUUCAUUUCUCUGAAAGCUUGCAUGGUGGAGGAGCAUCAUUGAUGGGGAAAAAAUUAAAAAUUAAAGAUGUUGAUCGAUCUGAGCUUCAUAUUAUUCACUAUCUCAGUGAUCCUGAUUAUAAAUCAAGAAUGUUGACAUGUAACCAUCCACUUCCUCCGGAUCGGUACAACGAAAGGGUGGAGGAUCAUCUGCGAAUUACCGGGUUCUAUCAUGCAUCUCAGAUUGGGAUAGUGCAGUGUCAGAAAGCAUUGGUAAAUGCUCUAAUUGAACGUUGGCACCCGGAGACACAUACGUUCCACCUUCCCAUUGGUGAAUGUGCUGUGACACUUGAAGAUGUAGGUAUGAUUCUUGGUCUUCCCACAGAUGGUCUUCCGGUCACAGGGAUGACAAUGAGCAGUUAUGAAGCGUUGGAGGCGGAGUGUUUGCUUCAAUUUGGAGUUGCACCGCGUAUGUCUGACUGUAGAUCUAGUUGCAUAAAACUUACCUGGCUGCGUGAUUUAAAAGAAAAUUUACAGUUGAUUGAUGAUAUCAGUAUACAGAGGUAUGUGAGGUGCCAUAUUAUGUUGUUGAUCGGGACGAUCUUGUUUGGGGAUAAGUCUGGGGCAGGAGUGCAUUGGAAAUUUCUACCCUUGCUACGUGAUUUUGGUAGUAUUGGUCAGUAUAGUUGGGGAGCGGCAUGCCUGGCACAUCUCUACAGGGCAUUAUGCCGGGCAUCCCGUUUUAACUGCAAGGAAAUAGAUGGUCCACUAACACUUCUACUCUGUUGGGCUUGGAUCAGGAUGCCGUACCUAUCGCCGCUACCUAGGGAACCUCGAAGUUUUCCACUAGCAAACAGGUGGCGGAACUGGGAGCGUGGUGACCGACGAUUUAGAUACUUGAAGUUAGCUCACUUUAGGAAGUCAUUUGAUGAACUUCAGGAAGGGCAGUUUGUUUGGGUUGCUUAUGCUGUGGAUCGGGUGGAUCCGAACAUCAUUCCUCCUGAAAUCUACAUGCAGUCGGUGGUUUGGAGUGCUACAGUUCCGUUGGUAUCAUUUGAAUGUGUCGAGUGGCAUGCUACCGAUAGAUUUAGGCGACAGUUUGGUUUGGUUCAGGGACUACCAAGUCAGGAGCGGAAUCUAGAGAAGGCGCAUGGAGAAACCCUGAAGGGUCCCAAGAAUCUUAAUUGGGCCACGGAAGAGAGUCAUUCAAAAUGGGUGAUGCAUUGGUCAAACAGGUAUAACUACAUUCUAUCUGAGCUUCCGAUGCCUUCACAUGAUCUACUAGAUAGUUACAUGCAUUGGUACCGAUCAAAAUAUGGGGACCACUUGAACUUGUCAAAUCUUGUGGGUCAAGAUAAUGAAGAAGGUGAUCAGGAUAUGGAGGAAGGUGAUCAGGAUUUGGAUGAGGAUAAUCAGGAUACCGAUGAGGGUAGUCAGGAGAUGGAUGCUGACAAUCAAGUAGAAGAGCCACUUUCGCCUCAUAUAUUACCUCCAACACCAAUUCCACAAGAACAACCUCAGUCCUCAAGCCAUUAUGUACCUCAGACACAGUUCCCGCCAUCAGUUCCAAUCAGUCAACAAUAUUGGGGUACCUCACAAUUUGAACCAGGAGAAGGAGGUUCCUUUAGCCAGUUGCUUGGGUUGAUGUCUGCAGAUGCUGGACUACCACCAUAUGGCCAACAGCCUGACCUCAUGGCUGGUAGGUAUUCAUUGGAUGCGAGGUAUCCGGGCCAUACAUCAUCGGUUGCUUCUGGGGGAAGAUGCUAA